AUGCGAAAUCCUUUGCCAACUUCCGACCCAUUAGUCUAUGCAUGCAAUUGCAUUCAGAAGAUAUUCUCCAAAAUCCUAGCCUCCAGACUCUCUAUCAUCCUUCUAACCAUUAUCUCAGAGGAGCAGAGUGCUUUUGUCAAAAACCGGUCGAUCAUUGAGAGCAUAUCCAUUGCUUGUGAGAUGGCUAAUGUUAUUGACCGCAAGUCCCAUAGUGGGAACAUCAUCUUAAAGCUGGACAUGGAAAAGGCUUAUGACAGGCUCGAAUGGCCAUUCAUUAGCGCUGUCCUUGGGAAAUUUGGCUUCCACCAGGACUGGAUCAAUAUUGUGAGGCAAAGUUGGGAAGGAAGUUGGUUCUCUAUUCUCAUCAAUGGGUUACCCUUCGGUUUCUUCCAAUCCUCCAGGGGACUGUCCUCCUCGAUUCGAGCCCUUCUCACUUUUAUUCUCUCCUAUGAGCAAGCUUCUGGCCAGAGAGUCAACCCGUCAAAGAGCUGCUUCAUCCUUCCCAAGAAAGCUACUCCCCCCAAAGCCAGACAAGUAGCCCGAUUAUCUGGCUUUCAGCCAGGAUCCCUCCCCUUCACAUACUUGGGAGUUCCCCUCCACAAAGGUAGAGCCACAUUAGUGAAGCAUGUCUUGGCUAGUGUCCCGAUUCAUACUCUCGCAGCGACCCAUGUCCUAGUUGGGGUCCUGAAGAGCUUGGAAACUCGUUUUGUUGACUUCCUUUGGGGUUGGGCUGAUGGAAAAAAGAAACUCCAUUGGAAGAAAUGGAGGACCAUUACAACGCCAAAGCCGGAAGGGGGUUUGGGAAUUAGGAACCUUUCGAAAGUCAUAAAGGCAUGCCGUCUCAAAAUGGCUUGGAUUGUGAAGUACAAAGCAGACAAGGGGCUGAUGCGCAGCCCAAACACGGCUUGGGGAACGAAUAUUUGGAACGUUAAACUACUGCCCAAGAUCCCCUUACUAACCUGGAGAAUUAUAAGGGGGGCAUUGCCGGUUGAUGCUGCCAUCCAAACACGUGGGAUUCAGCUUGCCUCCUGCUACUGCUAUUGUGUGAAGGGCCUCCAGCUGACGUAG